AUGGGAGACGCCGGAGAAAGAGAUUUGGGAUGCCAGAAGAUUAUGGAUGGGAAGGAGAGUAACGGGAAUGGCUUGGAGAAGGAAAUCCCUUCAUGUUGUUUGAAAGCCAUGGCUUCAGCUCCUGAGUUGGAGUCAAACUGUCACUCUACUGUUGUUUCUGGGUGGUUCUCAGCAUCUCAAACUGCCUCUGGGAAAUCUGGGGAAGUUGUUUAUUUCAACAACCCGAUGUGGCCAGGAGAAGCCCAUUCAAUCAAAGCGGAGAAGAUAUUGUUCAAGGAAAAGUCAUUAUACCAAGAGGUCUUGGUUUUUGAGUCAUUAACAUAUGGGAAAGUUCUUGUACUUGAUGGGAUUGUUCAGUUGACUGAGAAAGAUGAAUGUGCUUACCAGGAGAUGAUAACUCAUCUUCCCCUCUGUUCCAUUCCGUCCCCCAAAACUGUUUUAGUUGUUGGUGGUGGAGACGGUGGGGUUCUAAGGGAAAUAUCCCGUCACAGCUCUGUGGAGCAUAUUGAUAUUUGUGAGAUAGAUAAGAUGGUUAUUGAUGUUUCUAGGAAGUUUUUUCCAGAGUUAGCUGUUGGGUUUGAUGAUCCUCGUGUACACUUGCAUGUUGGCGAUGCUAUUGAAUUUCUUAAACGUGCUCCUGAAGGAAGGUAUGACGCUGUGAUUGUUGAUUCCUCAGAUCCUGUGGGUCCUGCCCAGGAACUUGUAGAGAAACCCUUUUUUGAGACUAUAUCUAAGGCAUUAAGACCUGGUGGAGUUCUUUGUAAUAUGGCAGAAAGUAUGUGGCUUCAUACACACCUUAUUCAAGACAUGAUUUCCAUUUGUCGAGUAACAUUUAAAGGUUCUGUACAUUAUGCAUGGACAAGUGUUCCAACAUAUCCAAGUGGUGUGAUAGGGUUUCUUCUUUGCUCAACAGAGGGGCCACAUGUUGAUUUUGUGAACCCCAUCAAUCCCAUUGAAAAGUUAGAAGGUGCUGAUAAGCACAAAAGGAAACUUAGGUUCUAUAACUCAGAGAUGCAUUCAGCUGCUUUUGCACUGCCUGCAUUUCUGAAGAAUGAGGUGAGCUUGCUCGGUGAUUAUUCUCGUCAGUAG